UAGGUGGGUGUGUUUCACAGAAGGAAGCAAUGGGAACUCGCCUGUCAGCCAGCCUUUCGAGCUAAUUAGCUCAGCCUACAACAAAGAUAAGUAAGCCUGAGAGGAGGCCCCCUAAGGGGUCUUUAGAUUCUGGGAAAUGUCUGAUUGGCAGAUGUUAAAAGGGAUUCUUUGGUAAUCCAGUGCAUCAAUGAGCUGCACAAAUUCAGUCCAGGACUGCAAGAAUUCAGGCAUGAGGACACUCUGUGCAGGAGACUCCCACAGGCAGACCCGAGAUGGACAGGACCUUGGAAUCUCUGAGACACAUCAUUGCCCAAGCCCUGCCUCACCGAGACCCGGCUGGAGUCUUCAAAGACUUGAAUGUUGUGUCGAUGUUACAGGAGUUCUGGGAAAGCAAGCAGCAGCAGCGCGCCGCCUUCCCCGGUGAAGGCCUGGUGGUGUAUGAGUCCCUCCCAUCCUCCGGGCCCCCCUAUGUGAGUUACGUCACUCUCCCAGGGGGAAGCUGCUUUGGCAACUUUCAGUGCUGCUUAAGUAGAGCCGAGGCCAGGAGAGAUGCAGCCAAAGUGGCCCUCAUCAACUCCCUCUUCAAUGAGCUGCCCUCCCGCAGGAUCACCAAGGAAUUCAUUAUGGAAAGUGUUCAGGAAGCAGUGGCCUCCACCAGCGGCACUUUAGAUGACGCGGAUGACCCCAGUACAAGUGUUGGUGCCUAUCACUACAUGUUGGAAUCAAACAUGGGGAAGACCAUGCUGGAGUUUCAGGAACUGAUGACCAUUUUCCAGCUAUUACACUGGAAUGGGAGUUUAAAAGCCCUUCGUGAAACAAAGUGUUCUAGACAGGAAGUCAUCUCCUAUUAUUCCCAGUAUUCCCUAGAUGAGAAGAUGCGUAGCCAUAUGGCUUUGGACUGGAUAAUGAAGGAACGAGAGUCCCCUGGAAUCCUCUCUCAAGAGCUACGAAUAGCCCUGAGGCAGCUGGAGGAAGCCAGGAAGGCAGGACAAGAGCUGCGGUUUUACAAGGAAAAAAAGGAAAUCCUGAGCUUGGCUCUAACUCAAAUCUAUAGUGACCCUGAUCUUUCCUCACCCAGUGAUGACCAGCUGAGCCUCACUGCCCUAUGUGGCUAUCACUAGCAAGGCAAAGAUCCCAGGUCAGCCCCCCUCCCCCAGAACUCUUAUCAUUAGAAAACUGUCCGGUAGAGCAUUGGUAGCGAAUGCUACAAUUAGCUAUUAAUCCCUUUACCUAUUUCAUUCCCAGAAUGGGAAGGUAGUUGGGCUCUGACAGAAUCUGACAUCCAUGCAUUUUUUUGGUUUGUUUUUUUUUAUUCAGUCUUACACUCAGUGGUUCCAUCUCAAGGUGAAGAGAUUAGAUAGGAUCAUUUGAGAUAUAGAUUCCAGGGCUGGCUACAGUCUAAAGCCUAGUUGAUAUGUGCCUUGUUAGAUUCUAUAUGUUGUUUCUAAGAACAGGCCAGUAUAGCAUCCCCACAAAAUAGCAGCCAAGAUUAAGUAAGGCAAGUAGCAUGAUAAAAAAUUUUGAAAAAUAUAUGAGACUAAAUAAACGGUAUGGAUUGCUUCAAAAAUAUAAAAGGGUUAGAGUCUCUUCUUAACCUUUGGAUG